UGUUAUGUAGGGUCCGCACUUCCCUCCCCUUUCUCGUCGUUCACUCAAAACGAAAAGAACUCUCACUUUCAUUUUUUCAACCAUCAAAUUCUCAUUUCUCACCAAUUUUUUUCUCUUCCGAAAUGGAGAGCCAAGAAACAUUAAACGCAGAAGUCAAAAAUCUAUCACCGUGCGGCAGUGGAAGAAGGAGUACAAGCAACCAUUCAAGUUCACCCGAGUUCGAGUUCUGGAUGGUCCGAAACCCGCCUUUCCCCGAACCCGACCUCAUCUCUGCCGAUGAACUAUUCGUUAAUGGCGUUCUCCGUCCUCUCCAUCUCUUACCCAACAAACAACCCGAAGAGAACCCACAAAUAGACUCAAAUCAACCCGCAUCACAACCUCAUAUACCCGAGCCAGACCCCGAACCUGACCCUGUUAUAACAUCGGAUCCGGUUCCUGUAUUGUCAGCUUCGAAACGGUGGAGAGAUAUCUUUAAGAAAGAAAAAGGAAAAAACGGAAAACAAAGUAAAAAAGACAAGGAUAAAGAGAAAGAGAAGAAGAAUCAUAGUCCGAGUCAAAGCGGUGCCAGUGGAGCUGAGUUGAAUAUAAAUAUUUGGCCUUUUUCAAGGAGCAGAUCUGCCGGUACCCGGCCCAGGAUGACAGCCCGGUCGACGGGUACCCGUAAGGUAAGUAGCGCCCCAUGUUCCCGAAGCAACUCGGCGGGUGAAUCCAAGUCUCGAAAGUGGCCGAGCAGCCCCGGGCGGGCAAGGGUUCACUUGGGCCGAAGCAGCCCAGUUUGGCAGAUCCGGCUCGGAAGUUCCCCCGCAAAGACUGUCGAUGUUAAGGGUCGAAGUGCUGAAAAGAGUAGCGUUAGAAAAGAAGUUACCGAGACGCGUGGCGGUAAAAUUGGUACGAGUGGAAACGACGCUAACAAAGCCAAGGUUUUGAAUUUGCAUGUGCCAAUGUGCAUUGGGUAUUGGCAUGAUUUGAAUUGUAGAAUCGAUGAAAAUAGUGCGAUGCUCGCCGGUAUUAGUACCGGCAGCGAUGAUGGUGGCAAUGUUAGAAGCAGCAACGCCAACGUUGGAAGUGGCAGUAACUUUUUUAAUUUGCGCAAUCUUUUCACUAAGAAAGUUUAUUAAGCGUGUUAAUCAUUAUUAACCCCUUUUUUUCCCUUUUAAAACACCUUAUAUUAGUUGGGUGAAUUAAUACAUCUCAUUAAGCUGGAUAUAAAUAGUGUUUUUAAUUUUUUUUUCUCUUAAAUAUUUGUGUAGACAGAAAACUAGUUCUCGUAAAUCUUACUAUUUGUUUUGUACUACUUGUACGUAUUUAAAUUAGAAAUGUAGUUUUUUCGCCAAUAAAAUGUACAUCUUUUAGUGAAAA